AUGACGACAUCUCUGACCGCCGCAGCGCUUGCUCAAGUUCCAAAGGGCAGUGCAGGCGAUACGCGAGCCUACGUUGUCGCUGUAGCUCAACAGAGAUGGACACCCGCUCCCGCCGACCUGCGCCUCUCCCCUUUGGUCAACUCCUCCUUCGAUCCCAAUGCCAGCUCUGCACAGCAACGAGAUGCUCGCGAUGCACACGACCGAUUCACGGGAACGCCGGCGCCGGAAAGUGCCAUGCGCCCUGCACUGGUCGAAAGUCAGGCCGGUAAUGUGGCCGCCACGGUCGACAACGGUUCAAAGCAGCGUGAAGGAAUCAAGCCCUUCGUAUCGAGAAUGGCAAAGGCGACGCAGCACAACGGUGAGCCUAAGCGCUCUUUGCACCAGCAGGGUAUCGCCUCCAACGCUGGGCAGCGGCUCAAGCCUGCUGCGGAAGCAGGAGGAGACUCAACAGCGAGGGAACUCGGGCAAACUUUGGCCAAUGAUGGCAACUCGAGGAGGAAGCGUAUCUCCGCUCUGCCUUCCGGAAAGGUAGCUGCGCAGCAUCUUGCACAUCUGCCAUCUUCCUACUGGGCUGAUGAAUCGCACGUUGACUCUCGUGAGUAAAAAACGCGCAUCUGCGACACACGAUCGCUAGUUCCAACUCAUUCCGUAUCUAUUCGCUCUGACCUUCCGGUCCAGGUCUCGCAGCGCGCAAAAGCUCGAGGCAUGAACGAAAGCUCGCUCGCCACGGAGUCGUGCCAGAAGACAGCGACAAAGACGAGCGUGUUCGCGAGCCAAAAUCCGUGCAAGUGAUAGACCGAUCUGUGCCGCACGCCACCCGCCUUCGUCGAGCUCACAAGGAUCAGCGUCGACGUCGAAACGAAAACGCACAUCAUACAAGUCAGGACACGCCUUCUUCGUCAGAGCAAGAGCAGAGGCUGGACAAAGCUGGUCAAAAGCGUGGCUCUAUCACUCACGGCAAAUGCAGGCCAAGCAGAUCGCAAAAGAAGCGCAAACCAGAUGCUGCUGCGGUAUCUGCUUUGCCCUCAGCGCGCCGAACAAACAGGCGUCUGACUGUGAGUGAUCUAGCCUUGCACAAGCGCAUAUCAUAGAUGCUGAUGCUGUUUUGACACCUUUACCUCUCAGACAAGGGUGGAUGAGCCUCGCCUCGGCCUCUUCAAUCACGGUGUAAGCUCUGGUCCACCCAAAGCCAGUCGCAGAGCAAAGGGCUCACGAAGCGCUCCGACGGACCUCUGCUUUGUUGAGUCUCACUUUCUGGCGGGCAAUCGUCGAGCACGGCAAAUCGACCUCAUAAAUGACAGGGCUGAAAGGUCUCAACAAAGAGAUCUCCGAAAGUCGCAGGCUGCGCCGAGGAAGCACACGCAUGCGAGACAAUUGUCGUCCCCUGGCUGCGCAACAUCGGAGGCCGAGGACAGCAGACAGGACCAGCAGAUGCGAAAGGCGGACGACCUGCUUUCGGAAGAGUCGGAGCUCACUGCUGACUCGCAGCAGCACUCGGCGUACUCUUUGGCCCUCAGAAAGCAGCGGAUUCACACGCGCGCCAAGUCUGACAGCAUUUCAGACCAUAGUGAGGACCCCGAGAACGCACAUGCUGAAUGGAAGGCCAAAGGCGACGCACCAAGGCCAGAAAAGACCGCCCACAGCUAUCCGAUGCGCUUCGAAAAUGACGAAGAGGAAGCUCGACAGGCUGUUUUUGAACUCAAACAGCAAGAAAUUCUACGCGAAAGCGGGUCGCGCCGAUUCAAGACGUACAGCCGAGCGUCUAGAUCGGUAGUCGGGGCAGGUAUGGACAGAGCACCUUACGUCGGCGAGUCUGGAGAGAGCAGUGAGAAAGAAAGUGAGGAUGCACCCGCACCUUGCAAAGUCCCGCCAGUGACAGUCGAUAAAGUGCCAUUGCGCCGCACUGCUUCGUUGGAGAACGGGGAGCUUGACAGCAAUAGCCACCACUCGGAAGACAGGCAUUCCUCGCCGGCAGCACCUUUGCGUCAUCUUCAGCCCGGCGAGGAGAUCCUGCCGCCACCCUUCAUCCCUCCUUCGCCAGAGCACGCUUCGAUACCCCAGCAUAACCCACCUCUUGCGUUUGGACCUUUUGCUCUUGGACCGAAGAACGCCUGGAGAGCCGCUCAUUCGCGGCUUGACCUGCAUCACGAGCUGCGUGAUGCUACCGCAGACCCUGCAAACGGACAGCGAACCCAAGCUAGGCCGCUACUCCGGCCUCUAGACAACACAGAUGGACAAGGGCUCGGUGGGCUUGAGGACCUAGCUCGUUCGCUUCAACCUCCACCUUUGUCUGUGGAGGGCAGGAAUGCCCAGCCUGGAUCUGCAGACGAAGGCUCGGUAAGCUCGCUCGACAGGUUGCUGCUCGCUUGCGAAAGGGAACAAUUGGAGACCCGCGACGCAGCGAGGAUGCCUCCUGUCUCGGACUUACAAGAUCAUCAGCUCAGUGACGCGCCCUUCUUUAUGGAGGGUGCAGACGUGGCUGUGCAAACAUCGCCGCUCCCUUCGCCUCACCUUCUACCCCGGGCUCACGACGUCGAAUCUAGGCAGACACCUUCUGAGCAUAGCUCGUAUCGUCCCGAAGACGAGGAGAUUGAACAGCUGCACUUGCCUUUCACAUCGAUGUUACGCGAUCGCGAACGCAAUGUCCAUUUCGAUCAGGAAGACCUAGAUCAGUAUCCGAGCCAACACGUCAGCAGAUCCAGCUCACCUUCCAUGUCACUGCCGGAGCACGACGCUCAUGAGCCAAUCGCAGAUUGCGCCUGCGCCAGCUGCUCGAGGUGGAUUGUGGAACGAGACGAGGCUCUUCUGCGCGAGGAUAUAUCGCCCCCCGAAGAGCAGGACGAGCACAGGCUCCGCAUGGACUCGGGAUCUCCAGCCUUCGCAGCAUCAUCGCACGAGCAUUCGCAGUCCUUGUGCAUCACUCCGGCCCACGAUCAUCACUUGAGCCCCUCUUCGCGAGCCUACGUAAUAUCAAAUGAGGAGGCGUUUGCACCACGCUGGCUCAAGCCUCGAGAUGCGAGCGAUCGCCCGUCCCAGGUCGAUGCGGAUCUGAUACCGCCCAAGGACUUCGAUGGAUGGUGGCGACCUCUCAGACCUCUGAGGUGA